ACAAUUGGUCCAUUCUAAAUUUUAUGUGUUCCUCAUAUUUCAUUUUCACACUGCUUUGAAUGAUGUGGUCUCCGAGCAUUAAUAUAAUUUGAGCUAUUAAUGUUUUCAAAUCCUAUGCUUAAUGCUAAGCUUUCUAUGGAAAAUAAAUAAAUAAAUAAAUAAAUGCAGGAAACAACUCAUCGCUCACACCCUUCAAAUUCAAUCAUAUCAUAUUCAAACUUCGCAUCGCAAAUGGAUGGUAAAUUCUUCUUGCUUUAGCGCCGAAGUCAAUGACUCUUCAUACCCAACCUUCUUCAAAGCGUUCCACAUGAAAAACUCGAAACCCUAACACCCUUGCAGAGAUUAGAGAGACGGGAGCAGAAGCCUUUCUUCAUGGGAGGUUGUGGAGUGUGUUUCAGGGUUUUGGGUUUGCUCGUUUUCAGCUCUGCGAUUCACUUGUACGGCGUGUCUUGUGAGGACGAUGUGAAUUGCCUGCAGGGUGUGAAGAACUCGCUUAGAGAUCCUCAGGGCAGGCUGAGCUCAUGGAGUUUCUCGAACAGGUCGAUCGGGUUCAUCUGCAAGUUCGUGGGCGUGUCGUGCUGGAACGAUCAGGAAAAUCGGUUAAUCAAUCUUGAAUUGCAGGAUAUGCAGCUCCAGGGGUCGAUUCCUGAUUCGCUGAGGCAUUGUCAUACUCUGCAAACGCUUGAUCUCUCCGGUAAUGCUCUCUCUGGUUCGAUUCCUUCACAAAUUUGCGGUUGGUUGCCGUAUCUUGUGACUCUAGAUUUAUCGGACAAUGAUCUGACGGGUCCGAUUCCGUCGGAUCUUGUGAAAUGCUCGUAUUUGAAUAAAUUAAUUUUGGCAAAUAAUCAGUUAUCGGGUACUAUUCCUUAUCAGUUCUCGAGUUUGAGUAGGCUUAAGACAUUUUCGGUAGCCAAUAAUCAGCUCACUGGGACAAUACCGUCGUUUCUUAAUCAGUUCGAUGCCGGAGGUUUUGUUGGUAAUAACGGGCUUUGCGGAGGACCUCUUGGGUCGAAGUGUGGUGGGCUGAGCAAGAGGAAUCUUGCCAUCAUUAUUGCUGCUGGUGUUUUUGGCGCCGCAGCGUCCCUGAUGUUGGGGUUUGGAGUGUGGUGGUGGUACUUUGUGAGGUCAAGUCGGAGGAGUAAGAGAGGUUAUGGAAUCGGAAGAGAUGAUGAUACUAAUUGGGUUGAGAAGUUGAGGGCUUACAAGCUUGUUCAGGUCUCUUUGUUUCAGAAGCCUCUUGUCAAGGUUAAAUUGACAGACUUAAUGGUGGCAACAAACAAUUUUCGUUCAGAAAACAUUAUUAUGCCUACCAGGACAGGAACUAUAUACAAGGCUGUUCUUCGUGAUGGGUCGGCCCUGGCAAUUAAGCGGCUCAGCACUUGCAAAUUGGGUGAGAAGCAGUUUCGUUUGGAGAUGAACCGAUUAGGACAGCUUAGGCACCCAAAUUUAACACCUCUUUUGGGGUUUUGCUUUGUGGAAGAUGAGAAGCUUCUGGUUUAUAAGCACAUGUCUAAUGGGACGCUCUAUUCACUAUUGCAUGAAAAUACCACUAUGCUAGAUUGGCCUACGAGGUUUAGGAUUGGUUUGGGAGCGGCAAGGGGUCUUGCUUGGCUUCACCAUGGCUGCCAGCCUCCAAUCCUGCACCAAAAUAUAUGCUCUAAUGUUAUUCUGAUUGAUGAAGACUUUGAUGCUAGGAUAAUGGAUUUUGGAUUGGCGAGGCUCAUGACUUCUGCUGAUGCUAACGACAGUAGUUUUGUCAAUGGGGAUCUGGGAGAAUUUGGUUAUGUAGCUCCAGAGUACUCAAGCACCAUGGUUGCUUCACUUAAGGGGGAUGUUUAUGGAUUUGGGGUUGUGCUGCUGGAGUUGGUAACUGGGCAGAAACCUCUUGAAGUCACUAAUGCUGAGGAAGGAUUCAAGGGUAACCUAGUAGAUUGGGUAAAUCAUCUUUCUAGUUCUGGUCAAAUCCAGGAAGCUAUUGAUAGGACUCUUUACGGAAAGGGCCAUGAUGAUGAAAUUCAGCGGUUUGUGGGAAUUGCAUGUUCUUGUGUAGUUUCUCGGCCAAAAGAUAGGCGUUCUAUGUACGACAUUUAUGAAGCAUUGAAGAGCAUGGCUGAGGACCAUGGUUUCUCAGAACAAUUUGAUGAAUUUCCGCUAAUUGAUCAUCCAGCAUAGCUUUGGAUUCAAGAUGGGAGAAGCUUAAUAAAAUGGUAGACACUUCGCAAUGCAAAAUUUCUGCAUUUUAAACCUUGAGAGUAAGUUGUUUAAGGCUUGUACAAUUGGUGUGCGUCUCCAUUUCUGCUGGCUUUUCCUAGUACAAUUUCCAUCUGUUAGAUAUGUUUGUAUGAUACCAUAAUUUUCUUCUACAGUAGCAUCUUGCAUUUCAGAAAAUCUAUUUGUUUGUUGCUCUCUGAAAAUCAGCCUUUGAGGCUCCUUGUUUGUAUAGGCAUGCAUGCCAGCAUGCUCGUAGCCUUGAAAAAAAUGUUCAUUGAAGAUGAUGAAUGCAACUGGUAAUUCAUAAUGUCGCCCCACA